AAACUCGAAACCAUUAUCAGUAUCAACAAAAUCAAAAUCUGAAAAUCUGAUUUUCUAAUUCCUAUUUUAAAGUAGAGCCUUAUUUAAAGUUCAUAUUUUACGUUAAAAAGGAGAAAGAAUUGGUGUUUGGUGUUCAAACUAUAAUUUAAUUCACCUUGUUGAAGUUAUAAGUGUACAGUGUCAAAAUGAGGAAAAGACCAGGAAUCGGUGCUAUUCAGAAACAACGCCUAGAACAAGAGAAAUACCGCGACAAAAGUAACGUUCUACAGGAAAAUCAGCUAGAACAAAUGGAAAAACAACUAGAAGUUUUUCAUAGUAAACUAGAAGAAUUCGCACACAAACACAGACACGAAAUCAAAAAAGAUGCCCAAUUCAGGCGACAGUUUCAAGAGAUGUGUGCAUCAAUCGGCGUAGAUCCUUUGGCCAGUACCAAAGGAUUCUGGGCUUCGUUAGGUAUUGGCGAUUUCUAUAAUGAAUUAACCGUUCAAGUUGUAGAAGUUUGCUUAGCUACUAGCUCUAAGAAUGGUGGAAUCAUUCACGUGGAUGAAUUACGCAAGAGACUAGUAAAAACUAGACGUAAGAGCAAACAAGCCAGUAUGGAAAUAAAUAACGACGAUAUCAGAUGGGCUGCUUCGAAAUUACGAAUUUUUGGAAAUGGAUUAACUGUUAUCGAGGUCACUAGAAAUAAUUAUUUCAUACAGUCUGUACCUGGCGAACUUAGCUUGGAUCACACUGCUCUUUUGCAAUUGGCCUCGUCUGAGAAUACGGCUUUUAUUUCGGUAUCUAUCGUAACCAGUAGAUUGAACUGGGAGAGAUUGAGAGCUGAAAAAGCUCUGAAUCAUAUGAUCAAAGAAGGAUUAGCUUGGAUGGAUUCUAAAAAUAAAGAAACGCUGUAUUGGUUCCCCAGUAUGUUUGCUGAUUGUAUCGAAUCUUCGUAAUAAUAGUUGAAAUUUUUGCAUUUGAGAUUAUAUAAUAUUUUUCAAGUCAUUCGUAUUGUAGAGUUUAAAAGUUUUAUAUUCGAUGGUUCUGGUACAUGGUACUGAGUGGAUAAAUGAACCGAUCAUGACGAGCGAAAAAAUCGAAACUAGAAUUUUUCAAUUAAAUAAAUGCAAUUUAACUUUACAAAUUAUAAUGAAUAAUUAUCAAAACUUGAUUGUGAUUUUUAUACGCCAUGAUCGGUUCACUUCUACAUCGUACGUAGACGUACUAUGAAAUCAUAGUAUACAAAUAAUGUAUCUGUUUGUACUGAACCGGUUUGAUAACAUAAUAGCUGUGUAUUCAUGUAUAUUAUGAAGGGUAUAUUUUUUUAAACGUUUCCUGCGUGUAUAUCUGUUGUUUUUAUUAAAAUUAUACUUAUCUUUGUUUUU